GGUGAGCUGAACUGCGGGCCUGAGACUCUGAGACUGAGCGAGUGGUAGCUGGGAAGGAAGAUAUUUCGAUCAUCACCAUGAGUUUAUUCACAGAGAAGCAGGAGACCUUGGUGAAGGAAUCAUGGGAGACCAUGAAGCAGAACACACCCUCAGCCUACGUUUCUUCACCACCUAAGAUCUUAGAGAUUGCACCAGCAGCCAAGAACAUGUUCUCUUUUCUCAAGGACUCCAAUGAGCUCCCUCAGAAUAAUCCAAGGCUCAAGGCCCAUGCCGUGAAGGUCUUCAAGAUGACGUGUGAGUCGGCCGUUCAACUGAGGGAGAAGGGAGAGGUGGUUGUAGCAGAGAAUACACUCAAGAACUUGGGAUCCGUCCAUCUUAGCAAGGGAGUCAUCGAUGCCCAUUUCGAGGUGGUGAAGGAAGCUCUACUGACGACCAUUGAAGAAGCAGUUGGAGAGAAGUGGAGCGAAGAGAUGGCCGGUGCGUGGGGUGAAGCCUUUGAUCAGUUGGCGGCAGCCAUCAAGGCUGAGAUGAAAGAGGAGAGGAGGCAGCUCAGCUUCACUUGGCCAAUAGCUCUUGACUCAUUAACUAUCAACUGGGUUUGGUCUGCAAACUGCAAUAGAUAGAUGUAGUCUAUAUAUAG